AUGGACAAUUCGACAUCUUCAGUCAUCAACAACCUCAAGUUCACCAUUGCUAAGCAAGUCCGAUCUAUGAUUACUAUUCUUGCUGGGUUUAACACUGCCAUGGCUUUGAUAUUGGCAAUCAUCAUCUUUCGAAAUUGCUAUAAAACGACGAAGCAAAAUGAUCCGACUUUCAGACUUCGUUCUUCUUUUUUCCACGUUAUGGACGUAUCGGAGAUAUUUCCAUUCGUACUAUCUAUUGGCAUAGCAAUUCAAGGGAUUAUCUAUAUCGUUUGCCAGACCAAAGGGCUUGAAGGCUUGCUUAUACUUGGAUGCACGUCCAUUUCUCAGGCCAUGCUGCCAGCCUUAUUUCUUGUCCCUUAUAUCCAACUUUUCUUUGGACUGGAGACCAUUAUACAGGCGCUGAGGCCGCGACCGUUUCCACGAAUAUCAAAAUGGGCGAUCUAUGCCUGUCUCUUCCUCGUUCUCAUUGGAAUUGUGGUCAUGUACGUAUUAACGCGCGUCAUCGAGGCUCCCGACUUUUGCUAUGCAUCUCUCUUCUGGUUUGUCCAAACCUGGAGGCUUGAGGCAGCUAUUCUCCUGACUACAAUUGCUGGUAUCCUGGUCGUCGGAGCCAUCAUCAUAUUUACUCGGCUACACCAGGGCGCUUCGAUUGGCCAUGUUGAAAGGGCGGCGGCCUCCAAAAUGGUUUACUACAUGACUUUGGGCGCUAUAUUAAACGGUUUAACGGCUCCCUAUUUCUUCAGCAUCUUGACUCAAAACCCAAUGGCAUUGACGGCUCUGCAGCUGGAUUUGAACAUGGUAUCUUCGGUGGCGAGCAACGUGUCGGGAAUCACGUUUGGUGCUCUCUAUCUAUUUCUUCGCUCCCGUAAGAUGCAAAAGACGGGCCCGCUUGGACACGUUGAACUUGGUGGCCCACGAGAAAAGACUGUUGAAUCUUGGCCUGGGUCAGACAUUUUUAACAGGCAAAUUGGACAGCCUGUAUCGCCUGCGAGAAUAGCCCAAUCUCGUGCAAGCACGAUUAGUUCAGCAGUCAGCGAAGGAAAGAGGAGUAUUGACAGAGAAGGCACAACGUUCCACGCAACAUCUGGCGGAGACGCUGCUGACGGCUCCGAUCUGAUAAAUGUGCCUUUGACACCAGUUGUGUCUCGAGCCCGAAAAGACUCUUAUAGUUUGUUUCCAAGCCAACGGGAAACGCUUGAUAUCAAACCCAAAAACACCGCCAUUCUUCCCUCUACGACUUACUCGCCAGCAGGAAGCAAUAGCAACGAGGCGAUGGACAACCAAACGUUCGACUUUGAAGACUUGUUACCGCCACCUACAAUCCGCGUUUCAGGCGCUCCCAGGCAUAACCGCGACUCUUCGUUGGUAUCUGGCCUGACCGUACAGAUUGGCCUGAGAGUAUCCAAUCUUAGCGACGUGAACCGCUUGGAGGCCCCUUUUUUCUUUUCUCCAGAGAUGCCGUUUUCACCAAAUCAACCGAACUGGCCUUUAGCUCCAGGCACACCCACCAACCCCACGAAUGCAGCCGCUUCUCGCCUCAACAGCAUGGCUUUCAACGACGAUAGGGGCAACGAUAUGCCUCACUCGCCCAUCAGAGCGACCGUUGAGAUGAAGCGUGAUUAUGAGCAGGAUAUUGAUGAAGACAAGCCAAUCACCCUUAGCCCUACGGUAUACAGCCCCAAUAAGCCGCCAACUCCGCCUGCGACUGCGCAUCGCAGGGGCGUAGGCAUGGCGUCCACUCCGUCAACGCCAGGUGCUGCGACAACCGAUGAACGGUAUUCGGUUGGCACUGCUGAGUGGAUAUAA